CGAGAGAGAAGAGAGAGGGAAACGGGACUGGUCAAAAUAUAAACAAACAAAGUCUGAAACUGCUGCUGGAAAAAAAAAAUAAGGGAGGGAUGGGAAGAAGUUCAAAGUGUCAAGUCGUUCAUCUCAAACAACCCCGGCCCUGUAAGCUGUAGGAGAUGAAGGAGAACUGCUGGGCCAGCAGCAGCGACGACUCGUUAGUGUGGCUGUUUCGCUCCUUGUCGUAACUCGUCCAGUCUCUCUCCCAGACAUUUUGUCUUCUUGCCCGUUUACCAACGCAACAACAUCGGCCGGGAAAAGACGAAAUUCAAUUUGACAUUUUGCAAGUGCCAGUUACAAUUUGUGGGAUUGUACAUUUGAAAUUUGUUACUUGAUUGUGGUUGUGUGACGCCGGGAUUAUCUGUUUUCAUUCGUCGUUGCCAGCAACCAGUGAGGGACCAGCGUGAGAAAGUGAACGAGAGACGGAAACAUUUGGUCCAGUCGAGUCGAGAGGAGAAGAAGAAGAGCCAAAAGGGGGUGGUGGGGUUGGGUGGGGUGUGUGUGUGUGUUGGGGGUGAAAGAAAAGAAAAAUAUUAGGAAAAAAAAGGACCGAGGGCAGCAGAAGAGCAGACUGUGGAGGGUUUUUAUAUUCACGGUGGUCGUCGUGAAUGUCUGGAACGGCGACUCAACAGACAAGCCAAAAGAGAAGAAAAUUAAAUUCACGCGGCGGGAAAUAAUUCCAAAAAGUUUUUCCACCCAUUUAAUAUCAAGAAUUAUUGUUUCAGUUGGAAUUAAUUACAUCAGGAAAUAGAGAAAUCAAAGAAGAUGCAACUGGGAAUAUUUGUGUUGGUCGUCGUGUUGGUGGCGGAUGUCGGCCGGGCGGCCAUCCUGGACCCCAUGACGGCCAUGAAGGACGACAUCUCGCGGAUCAAAGUCAUGAUGGAAACAGUCGGAGAGCGAAUGGAACGUUUCAACGAUUUGUACCUCAACAAGUUGGAGACUCGUCUGCUCAACAGCGCCACUUCCCUGGCCCACAUCGACAGCAACGUGAAGAAUUUGCAAGAAAGGGCCCACGUCUGGGACACGUUCCAGUUGCACGUCUCGGCCUGGAACGAGCAGAUCAAAUCGGUCGACAAGAAACUCGACAUUUUGAGCAGGGGAGCAGAGAAAUGGGAAAUCAUCGACGAGAAAAUGGCGACGCUGUUGCCGCUGGACGACCGGCUGACCAAAUUGAUGACGAAAUUACAAGAAACGGACGCCAAAGUGGCCGAGAUCCAGCAGAAACUCAACAGCAACAACAAAAGCGGUGGAACAAACGGUAAUAACGGAGCGGCAGGGACGGCCAUGGCCAGCAACGCCGAGGCGCCGCUCUUCUCCGAGUACACCAGUCGUGGCGUCCUCAGCGCCUUAAAGGACAUUGAAAUCAAAGUCAAUAAAAUCGCCAACGGCGACAGUACGUCCAACGGCUCACCCAACGGCCACCACCACCAACAGACGGACAAAACCAACGGCCGCUCAUCCAGGGACAACGAGCUGCUGCUGGAACUGCAACAAAAGACGUUCGACGUCGUCAACGACGUGGCCGGCAAAGUCGACUUUAUCCUGGACAGGACGCCCGUCGUCGUCGGCAAUAAUAAGCGCCAAAACGGCGGUGGCGGCGGAGGUGGUAAACAGGCGGCCCAGGGCCUGGACAGCGACAAUUCCGAAGAUGUUUACGACGAUGGAGAUUCGGAUUAUUCGACCACCAAUGGCGGAGAAAAUAACGGCGGAGGAAAUGGAAAUGGAAACGGAGGAAUGAACGGAGCGGCUGAACGGUCGUUCGUGAAAACGUGGCGGCGGAUGCUGCAGCCGGUCAGACGGGCCAACCAGAAAUUCGGUUCCCUGGACAAGAUGCUGGUCCAGUUGGAAAAGAUGGUCAACGCCAGUUCGGCAUUGGUCCGUCGCGACGCCGAGGUGCGUGAAAUCACCGACGACUUGGCGGCCCUGCUGGAAUGUUGUCGCGGCAACGACGUCGGAUGGCGCGGAUUGACCAAGAGCCUCGAGGCCCUGGGCGAGGCCAUCAAGGCCGGACAGACGGCCGAGAACCAGUGCGUAAACGAGGCCGACUUGCAAACGCGGUUGCAGCACACGCAGACGGAAUUGGUCCGCCAGAUGGGCGACGCCUUCAAGGAGCAGAUGACGGCCGGCGUCGAUCGCAUCCGCCAGACUUGCAUUGGCCAGCGCAAGAAAUCCCUGGCCGUCAGUCACAAUCACCAACAAAGUGGCGGUGGUGGAAACGGGACGGGCCAGUACCUGGGAUUGACGGGCGAUGGCGACGAGUCGACGACGGAAGGGGCCGUGGCGUCGCAGGGCCAGGCGACGCCCGUCGGUCCCGACUCGGCCAGCGGCGGCGGUGGCAAACGAACGGACGUGAAACAAUCGACGCCGUCGUCGUCGGUGGGUGGAGCGGGAGGAAAGACGGGCGUGCGCGGGUGCCACGACUUGCGGCUGGCCGGCGAGACGGAAACGCGGACGUACUCGCUGGCGUCGGGCAAAGAAUUGAACGAAGGCGGGCGGGAUUACAACACGAGAUUCUGCGACAUGACCACAGAUGGCGGCGGAUGGACGGUGAUUCAACGUCGAGGAGAUUACGGACUGCCGCGGGAGAAUUUCUCCGUCAAUUGGCGCGACUAUAAACUCGGAUUUGGACAGCUGGAUCGCGAGUUCUGGUUCGGCAACGAUUUUAUCCACAGAUUAACCAACGAACACGACGUGGUGCUGCGCGUGGAACUGUGGGACUUUGAGGACGGCCACGUCUACGCCGACUACGAAUCAUUCAGGGUGGACAGCGAAGAGGACCUGUAUCGACUGUGGGUGGAGGGAUACCAAGGCAACGCCACCGAUUCGCUGGGCUCGCACAACGGCUACGCGUUCAGCACUUUCGAUCGCGACAAUGACGAGGCUCCCCCUUGCUGCCCUUGCGCUCCGGCUUACGGCGGAGGAUGGUGGUUCUACAGCCUUUGGAAUUUGAAUCUGGUGGGCGGUAACUUGACGGCCAACAGCUGCUUCGAAGCCAAUCUCAACGGAGAAUAUCACGUUAACCCGAUCGAGAACGAUUACUUCCGCGGUAUCAUUUGGGAACUCUGGCGCGGCGAUUAUUCGCUCCGCGCCGUCGAGUUGAAGAUUCGGCCGCACGAUUUCCCGCGGAUGCUGCCGCAGGUGACGAGCACGACGACAGCCACGCCCCUCCCGCCUGACCUGAUGGGACCGGACGACACCUCCAUUCCCGAAGAUCCUUGAUCAUCCCGUAUCGAAAUACAAAAAUUUCCUAUUUUUAUCUUAAACUAACACCCAAAAAAGAAGAAACUUGAAAGUACCAAAAAAUAAUCAGCUUUAGCUCCUCUCCCUCAACAACCAACAACAACAAAGUUCAUUCCCCCCUCCUCACCUCCUCUUUUUUGUUUGUUUUUUUUUUGCCCCACCCAAAAAUCUAUAGGAACCUCCUCCCACCCUCACUAUUCACUCCCGCUAUCGAAAAAAGAUGAUAUUUUAUUAUUGCGCAAACCACAAAUGGAAUACACACACAAACACACA